AUGUCGGACAUCGCGGAAGAAAAGGACAACGCCAGCCAUGCCGGCACUGGCUCCGAUCUCGUCUCCCAUCCAGAGAUUCAUGAACAAUACACCGGUCUCAAGAGCUUUUACUACAACCCCAUCGGACAAUGCUUCAUGCUCGGCUUCGUCUGCUUCAUGGGCCCGGGUUUGUUCAACGCCUUGAACGGUCUCGGCGGUGGUGGUAUGGUCAACACCACCACCAGUGCUAAUGCCAAUGUCGCUCUCUACUCCACCUUCGCUUUCGUCGCCUUCUUUGCUGGCUCGAUCAACAAUGUACUUGGCCCUCGGCUUACCCUCCUACUCGGAAGUACAGGUUACGCUUUAUACGUCGGCUCUUACCUCACGGUCAACAUCCACCACAACGCUGGCGGCUUCGUUAUCGCGGCGGGUGCCAUCCUUGGUAUCUGUGCAGGUCUCCUCUGGACUGCGCAGGGCUGUCUCAUGUUGGCCUACCCCGUUGAGAGUCAGAAGGGAAAGUUCAUAGGCAUUUUCUGGUCCGUCUUUAAUCUUGGCGGCGUCGUUGGUGCUUCCGUUUCCCUUGGCCAGAACUUCCACUCAGAGAAUAACUCUGUCGGAAAUGGUACCUACAUUGGUUUCCUCGUCCUCACCUGCAUCGGCGUCACAAUCCCCAUGCUCAUGGCGAACCCGCAGAAGAUGAUCCGUUCAGAUGGAACCAAGGUUACCACCAUGCGCCACCCCUCCUGGAAGACCGAAUUCUACGGUCUCUACAUUACACUCCGCACGGAUCCCUGGGUGCUUCUCUUAUUCCCUAUGUUCUUUGCCAGUAACUGGUUCUACACCUGGCAAUUCAACGACUUCAACGCCGCGCUGUUCAACAUCCGUGGCCGUGCCCUCAACAAUCUCGUCUAUUGGCUCGCCCAGAUUAUCGGCUCCGUCAGCAUCGGCUUCCUGCUCGACCAGAGGGGUCUGAGGCGUCGCUUCCGCGCGUUUGCCGGCUGGGUCGUGCUUCUCAUCAUGGUCUUCAUCGUACAUAUCUGGGCGUACUUCUACCAGAAGAACUAUACCCGUGCAAGUGUCGCUGCGAACCCGGUCAAGAUCGAUAUUCACGACAAGGAAUUCGUUGGCAGAAUCUGGCUGUACAUUUUCUGCGGUCUACUCGACUCCAUGUGGCAGACUACCGCGUACUGGAUCAUGGGCGCCAUGUCUAAUGAUCCUUCCAAGCUUGCCAAUAUGACUGGUUUCUACAAGUCCCUCCAGUCCGCGGGUGCUGCCGGCGUCUGGCGCGCCGAUGCCGUUGGCCUCCCUUACAUGAACAUUUUCGUCUCCACAUGGGUGCUACUCGUCGCAGGCCUGUUCUUCGCUUUCCCGAUGAUCUACUUGCGUGUAAAGGACCACACGGAAGCCACGGACGAGAUCGACGACAUCCUCGCCCAAAUGAGCGGCGACCCCCCUGCCACAUCUUUCCCCACCAUAUCUUCAUCCAAACCCGAAGGACCUACCACCGUUUGA